GCCAUUAUUCAGACAGGUACGAUAGCUGUUCAAGUAAUAAAUAGCUAUAAUAAAGCAAUGAUGGCCAAUCAUCAAAGAACCAGACGAGAGCAUAUAUCGGUCAGCUCUGGCCUCAUGUCCGCAACGACAGCAAGGUGACCAUACGGGACCUUGAACCCCGACUUUUAUCUCGAGCGGCAGAAAUCGAAUUUCGAACCCAACGUUCUCUAAUUCGGCAAACAUGACGUUUCGAAUCAGCUUUUUUGUUCUGUUGCCGGCGCUCACUUUGGCGGGCGCUUUCUUCCCGCGCGGCGCCUUUCAGCGGGACUUUCACGGUUUCGAAUCCUCCGGGAACGGACCGGACGAACCUCUUCGGGGAUCCGUCAGAGUCGUCAAACUAGCCCCUCAUUUUCUGCGACGGGCCGCCGGCGGUCGCGCGCCGUCUAAAAGCUCGCCGAGUCGGAGCGCGUUUCCCGCGUUCUUGGCCCUCGGGCGCCCGGGUCCGUCGGUCCUGUCCCACAACAAACCCGCGGCCCUGCUCCCUCGAGACGCCGCGAGAAAACAGGGUCUGGAGAUGUGGCAGAGAGUGAUGCGCAAAAGCGAGCGAAGCAAUGAGGCCGUGGCUCUGCGAGUCAAUCCCAAACAGAGCUGUGCAGCAGUGCCCUUCACACAGCGCAUCGUGGAGGACGGCUGCGAGACCGUGACGGUUCACAACAACCUCUGCUACGGCCAGUGCGACUCCAUGUUCGUCCCGUCCAGCGGAGAGUCCCGCGGACGGCCCAGAGCGCAGUGCACGCGGUGCGCUCCCUCGAGGACGCGCUCCGUGCUCGUGCACCAGCGCUGCGGGACGGAGGCGCGCGAGAGGCGCGUCACGAUCGUCGAGGAGUGCAGAUGCGAAACGAGCAGCGAAGAGGUCAAGGCCCAGAACACGGACACGCUUCAUUUAUAACAGACGUUUUAGUCACAUGAGUCUAAUAUUUGAGUGCACCGACGGUGUGUGUGUGUGUGUGUGUGUGUGUGUGUUUGCGAGAUUGACAAGCCGCACAAAUGUGUGAGAUUUGACGAAUUUUUCUGUAAACCGCCUUCUGAUAUUCAGAGGUGUCUUUGUGUUAAUUGUACGAUGCUGAUUUAUUUUAAUCAGUUAAUUUAUGGUGUCGUUUCCUAGCUUUAACUAUAGGUGUCGCUGUUGCACGAAUAUCAUUGUUGUUUACAUAAAUAAGAAUAAUUUAGGUAAACGCACAAACAUUGCAAUGACAUCAAAAAGUGGCCUGGAUUACUCGACUAUUUCCUAAACUGUAUUUGGUGCACCUUAAUUUAAGGUGUCCUUGUCAUAUUCUACAUUUAACUAUAGAGCAAUAUUAAUGAAAUGCACGUAGGCUUGCUUAUUAUAUGGUUAUUACUAGGAUUAGGGUUGCUUGCAUGUAAUCGUGUAAUUCGUUAAUAUUCGUAUAACAAGCACACCUUUACCGUAUAUUUGUUGUACUUUUUAUAUGUAAGCUAGUGGAAGACAAUUCAUUUACAUUUUCAGAGUAGAAGAGCUUAGGAGCCACUAAUAGGCUGCCAUACAAUGUGGAUCACUAUUAAAUAAAAACGUGC